AAUAUAACGGUAGCGCAGGCCGUGGCGAUUUACACCUGCAACCCCUGCUUUUUUUCCUCAAUCUUUGGGUGGCUUAACACAAUUAACCACGCCGUCCCGGGCGCCUUUUACGUUCCAUCCGCCUGCACCGUUAUUAUCCACCUUUAUUCGGCCUGUAAAAUUUCAACCUCGACAACUUUAUCGCGCAACCAGAGCCAGUCGAAACGUUUUACGAGCCCAGCCAAGCAAACAAUUAACCUGGAAAAACCAGUCCAUAUUAUACCUGGGAACAAAACAGCCAAAAGGCUGCUUAAACUGCUGCCCCCACAAAUGUUUACGGCUUACAAAAUUUUAAAAUUUAUUAGCGGAUUUGUUACGUUAUGCGUUUUCGGCCAGGUAAAAGAAGUGACAAAAAUAAAGGGUCCCACGUUAUUACCUGAUUUACGUCCCUUGGCGAGAACGACAAAGUUACCGCCAUUUCUAAAUUACGGACAGUGGACAGCAUUUGCGACGACGCCUUCAGGCUAG